AACUAAGUAGAUUUUAAUUCUACUACUACUAGUACUACUAUAAGUAUAAGUAUAGUCUAUAGUAGUAUAGAUCACGUAUAGCAUAUAAUAUAUAAUAAUUAUAUCAUCUAGACUCUAGGUAAAUCUCUAUAUUAUAGACUAUUAUAACUAUAGAUCAGAUCUAGAUUUAGAUAAUAAUUAUAAUACUAAUUAUAUAGGUAGUAAUAUAUUUACAGGGUUGGGGUUAGUAGGAUAGUAGCUUGCGAUGAAGACUGUGAUUUUUAAUUUCCGGAUCAUUAUCAUGGUGCCUUUGAAUCCACCCAGCUCAUAUGCAUACCUAAAAAUAGUUGGGAUAAGCAAAAGCAGUUUGUCACUGUGCUGGCCUCUUGACACACUUGUUAAUCUUGAGCCACAGAAACAGAUGAUCUUUACAUUAUCUGACCCAUAGAUUACUGUAACUUACUAUGUCUGAAAGUGAAACUUUACUUUUUUUUUUUUUACUUUUAAAAUACUGUUAGAAUGUUCUUAUUAUCAGAUGCAUCAGUAAAAAUAAAAAAGAGGGAACUGUGAGACCUGAUUAAAUUAUAAUGAUUGCUUCAAAACCUCAUUAUUAAUAAUAAUACAAUUUUACUAUCCAAGAUUGAAUGCUCAUUAGAUUGUUUUAAUUGAAAUAUUUUUUUUAAGAAGUUGGUUUCUAGUAGGCUACUCUUCCUCAUCGAGAAUUUGUCAAAGUUGGCAUGAUUUAUUUACCUAAUAUUCUUGUACCUGACAAAAAUCAAUGGACUUGAUGACCUUGUUGCCAAGUGGAGUACUUCUCAAAAGGAGCAGAUCAAGACCUAAAUCUCUGCUAAACAUAUCUGGACAUAAAAAUGGAAUUUAGGAAGCCUAAUUGUUUUCUUUCUGUAAGAUGCUCUUCCAAUGAAGUACCUCUAUGGCAGCGAAUGGAGCGAACUGCACCAGUUAUGUUGUAUGAUGUGCAUCCUGAUACAGAUGAAGGUGCUAUUUUAUCAAGUUUGUUUCAUAAAACACUUGUUUACCCAGAUUUUUUAAUUCAACGACUCUUUCGUGUUCAAAACCCCAUUUUGUGGUUGCAUUAUGCUCUCAAGAGAAAGCAAAUAGAACAAGAUCUGGGAGGCUUAGAUGCAGAUGAGCGUCGACUUUUUCAUGGAACAUAUAGAGACAGACUUGAAGCUAUAGUCCGUCAAGGAUUUGAUUGGAGGAUUGGCAAAACUCAUGGAAAAAUGUUUGGCAACGGAACAUACUUUGCAAGGCAAGCUAGUUGUGCUCAUGAGUUUACAGAUUGCGGUGGAAAUAAGUUCAGUGCUAGAUGGACAGCUGAUAGUGGAUUUAUGGAAUCUAGAGAAUUUUUCAGGUCUCAGGUACAAAUGCCAACUUUAGGAUCAAAAUACCCUCAGUUUUUAAACCAACCCUUCAUCACAAUUCCUGGCUUUCACACUGAUCAGGAUAGUGAUGACAUGACCAAUGGCAGACCUAGAUAUAAGACUCAGACUUCACUUGCUUACGAGAAUGGCACUUCUGACAUCUGGUCACUCUUCAACACUCAAACUCAUCCACUGAGUCACUACAUGAUAGUAGCCAAGGUUUUAAUAGGACGCUACACUACUGGAAUAGCUGGCUUACAGCGUCCACCGCCCUACGAUCAAAGGGACUCAUUAGUCAGGCUGUAUGAUAGCUGUGUGGAUAGUAUUCUAAAUCCUGAAAAGUUUGUUAUCUUUGAUAAUAAUCAGGCUUAUCCAGAAUAUGUUAUUGAGUAUCGAGAUCUCAGGUGGAAUAAAUAACUCAGGUUAAUACAUUCAACAUUGUUUGAAUGAUGUGGCAUUACAUUUUGGAAUAUUUUCACUAGAUGCUAAACUAAUUGUAUUCACAUAGGGGCUAGUACAUUUGAAAACUAAAUAGCUACUACAUCUAAUAUGAUAAAGAAUGAGAGAAAAAAAAAAUAAUUUCCUCCCUUUGUCUGGCAAACAGUGUGAUGAUCAGUUUUCUGGCACAUGUUGGUAAACAGGGCGUUACAUUGUGAUGGUGGUAAUCUUGUGCUAUUCAUUGUAAUAAAGAAGGGAAAUAGAGCUAUUGGUUGUAAUGACUAAGGGAAAUUGUGCUAUACAUUGAGAUGAUUUUUGUUCAUUUUUUCAUGAAACAGUGUUUUAUAUAUUAAUCAUAACUUUUUUUUUAUUUGUAAUUAUUGGAUUAUUUAUUAGUAUAAAAAAUAUUCUAAUUUAAAUUCUCAUCAUCAAAAAUAAUCUGUAUAUAUGUAAAUAUAUGACAACUUUGUUUUUAUAAAAUGCAAAUGAAUCUAUUAUGACAUUGUGGCAGCUAUUCUAACAGAAUCAAAAUAUAACAGUUUGCCACAACAUCUCAUGUUUCAGCUAAUGAAAGUGGCCAUGACCAGGGAGGGCAUCAGUCUGAUUUUAGUGUUUGAGCUUUGAAAGUGUAUUCUGUGGACUGCUAUUCUGGCCAGUAGUUCAGGUUUGGUUCCUUCAUCUGAGGUAUUUAAAACUAGUAACACUUGUCACUUUCCCUCUCCAAUACUGAUGUCCCUUUUAAAGCCUUGUUGGCUAUUGGUCAUAAUUUUUGUUCUUUCGGCAUUGAUUUGCAUACCUCAUGUUGCGGAAGUCUUGUCUAUGCACAUCACCAAAUCAGCAAGCUAUUCUGCUGCCCCUGCCAGAUCAUAAUGUCAUCUGCGUAGUACAAGUUAGUAUGGUCAAGGCCACAAUCUUAUAUGCUUGUGAAUCUUGGGUGCUGACUGCAGAACUAGAGAGGAAGACCCUAGCAAUGGAAUUGACAUGAUACAAAAAGAUACAAUGUAUCGCGUACAAAGACUGCAUCACAAACAAAGAGAUAAGAGACAGAAUUAGCACAGCAAUUAGACCUCACGAUGAUCUGCUAACUACUGCCAAAAUACACAACUAAAACGCUGUUGCCAUAUCACAUGGUCCUCAGGCCUAGCAAAGACCUUCCUUCAGGGAACAGUUCCAAGAAAAUGAAGAAAAGGCAGGCAGAGAAAGCAAUGGGAUAACAACAUAAAAGAAUGGAUUGAAAGAGAUUCUAUCCAAGGCAAAAGACAGAAAUGGAGAAAGAUAGUCAACAGAUCUUGUGUGGUGACACAAUGGUCCAACAGAUUAACCUUGGAUAGGUGAGGGUGAUGAUAUAAUCAACUUAAAAAAAAAAACAUUUUCGCUUCUAUUUCAUAGUCAAGAUUAUACUAAUUUAACUUGCUCAUUUUGUCUUGGACUUCAGGUAUAACUUACUUCCUUUUCAGGUUUUAAUAAACAGAUAAAGAAGGAAUUAUCAUUUCAAUAUUUUUAAUGCCUUUGUAACUGAUAUUUUAUUAUUGUUUUGGACUCUAUGCAGUAGUUCUUCAAUGAUUUCAAAAAAAAAAAAAAAGUUUUCUCAUUUGUUUUCUUAAAUCUAAUUUCCUGUUCUAGUUAUAUAAAAAUUUAUCACUUUCAAGACUGUGAUCUUGAGAACAAGGAAAUCAAGUAGGGAUAAAUGAUGGAACUUCUAAAUACCACUGUCUCGGUGUCACACAAUUAUUUAUUAUUGUAAUGUUAAGACUGUUUAUGGCAGUCAUAAAUUUGAUGAGAGAUCUGAUAAUAGAAGCAUUAUUGUUGAUAUAGAAAUGAGACUGGACACAUUUAAGGAUGAUGAUAAAUGAAUUUCCAGGAACAGCACCUUAUUAGAGGCCUUUAGUGAAAGGGAAAUAGUGACGGCCAAGAAAAACACAGGAACAUAUGAAAGAAAUGGAAGGCAAUGACCAGAGAUCUACUAGUACUAGAAACCAGCAGUGUUACAUUGAUCACACCAAGUCUCCUGGACACUGAUGGGACAUAUAACAAAAAAUUGGGUUAUUAUUACAUUCAAAGUACUGUAGACAGUGUACUAUAAGCUUAUUGUUAUUGUUGUAGCUCUCAUGUUUAUGUUUGUAAUGUUAUCACAGCGCCUUGAGCCUACAUUACUCAGCUCUCUAUAAAUUAAAUUAUUAUUGUUAUUCCUAUCACAAGAUAAGAUUGAUUUAUAGUUUUGAAUGUAACAGUGAAUGAAUUCAUUUGGUUUGCUUGAUUUUUUUAUAUGAUUUCUAUUUCUACUUUUAUUUCUAAAGAUGUUUUAACUACUUAAAUUUUUUAUGCUGUUUUUGCAUUAGUCCAGUCCUACAUUGAUAAGUUUUAACUUUCUCACAUUUUUUAUUUGUCCAUAAUUCUUUCAUUUUUGUUUUUGGUCAAAUUACUGUUGAUUGUAACUUACGAUUACAAAACAACAGCCUUUUUAAUAACCACUGUGUAAGUUAUAGAUACAGUCAUAUACAUUUUGUAGUAAAACAUGAAAAUUAAAAAAAAACAAAAAUCUUUCUAUACCAUCUGGCCAUCAUCAUUUGAACAUCCCAUUAGCUGCCAGGAAAAUAAAUAAAUAUGCAAAUGUUAUAAAUAUUAAAUUAACAUGAUCAGAUAGAUGAACAAAUGUUGCUAAAAAGGUUGCCAAAUAAUAUAAAUGAAGGUUUUAUAUUUUUAGAACCAAUGGAAAACUGGUGGUAGCAAAGAAAACUGAAUAUGAUAAUUUUGUUAAGCAAGUGCACACAAGACCUUUUCAUAGUACUUAGCUUUACUUUGAUGUUUGCACUAAUAGGCUCUAUCUAGGAUAU